CAGUUAUAAAAUAUUUAUUUUCAUUGUGUUAAGUUAUUUAUAGGUAUAGUAUAUGUAUACUAAUAGACUAUAAGUAGAUUAUAGUAAUAGACAUAGUGAUUGAAAUAUAAUUUUGUGUUAAUCCAUUAGACCCGUUUUUUAGCCUCGUAUGACACUAUUAUUUUAAAGUUUAAGAAGUAAAAACAAGCAUGCCACAUACACCAAGCAUUAUUAUUAUUGGAGCAGGUGCUGCGGGUAUUGCAGCGGCCACAAGAUUGUUGAAACAUGGAAUAUCGAAUUUUAAAAUUCUAGAAGCUGAAAAUCGAAUAGGAGGAAGAAUAUAUUCUACUCAGUUCGGUGGAAGUAUAGUAGAUGUUGGUGGACAGUGGGUUCAUGGAGAGAAAGGUAAUAUUGUUUACGAUAUGGUGAAAGAUCUUAAUCUUUUAAGUUCUUCUGUCAAUGAUUAUGAAGAUAAUACAUUUUAUCUUUCCAAUGGCACGCAAGUUACCAAAAAACUUAGUGACCAUCUUUUUCAAAUAUAUAGUGAGGUAGUUGAAAACGCAGAGGAUGCUGAAGAUAUGCACCAACCCUAUGGUGAAUAUUUUAUAAAAAGGUAUAACGAAAUAUUAAUUAAAAAGUUUAAGGACGACGCAAAUGCUUUAGAAUUAUCCAAAUAUUUUAUUGACUGGUGCCACAAACUAAGCACGUGUCUGGAGUCUGCAAAAACGUGGUACGAUCUGUCAGUGCAUGGAUCUGCAAUAGCUUUUGUGCGAAGUGAAGGAGAUCAACUAUUAAAUUGGAGGGAUAAGGGAUAUAAAACUAUUCUCGAUGUUCUAAUGGAGAAAAUACCAGACCCAACGAAAACACUUGCAAUCGAGGAUAAAAUUUUGCUCAAUAAAGAGGUUAACAAAAUAGUCUGGGAUGAAAAUACUUCCAAUGAAAAUAAACACACGGUUUAUUGCUCCGAUGGAAGUUCGUAUACAGCGGAUCAUAUAUUAAUCACGACAUCUGUGGGAGUUUUAAAGAAAUUCCAUAAGAGUUGGUUCGUACCUGAACUUCCACCCUAUAAAGUUAACUGUAUAGAUCAUAUUUCGUUGGGUGUUGUAAAUAAGAUUUUGAUUAAAUUCCCUACUAAGUGGUGGCCAGAUCAUACCAAAGGUUUUAGUUUGUUAUGGUCGAAACAAGAUCGUUUAAAUCUAACAAAUGAACUUCCAGUGUCUGGACCAGUUGACGAAAAUGGUAAAUCUUGGUUAGAGGACGUAUUUGGAUUUUACGUAAUUGAUAGUCAACCAAAUACCCUAUUGGGAUGGGUUGUUGGCAAAAUGGCGGCAGAAGUAGAAUAUAUGAGUGACGAAGAUGUUAUUGCUUUGUGUAUGUUCCUACUGCGGAAGUUUUUGGGUAAACUUUAUAAUAUCUGUGAUGCAGAUGAAAUUUUAAGGUCAAAAUGGAGCAGUAAUUCUCAUUUUUGUGGUUCUUAUGUCUUCAAAAGUAUAGAUCAAGAAAAACACAAUGCAACGGCUGAAGAUUUAGCUAGACCAGUUAUCUCCAAAAAGGAUAAUAAACCUGUUUUAUUUUUUGCUGGAGAAGCUACAAGUACAGACCACUUCUCAACCGUCCAUGGAGCUAUUGAAACAGGUUUCAGAGAAGGAGAUCGAUUAGCGCAACUAUUAAAGAAGACAUAUUACGGUAUUAUUACAAUCCAUAUUAAGGUAGUCCAACAUUUCUUUUUCUUUCGAUAUUUUCUACAUACAAUUUCAAGUUUAAGAACUAUGUCGAAUACGCCAAGUAUUCUUAUUAUUGGAGCAGGUGCUUCCGGUAUUGCAGCGGCCACAAAAUUGUUGAAAAAUGGAAUUUCCAAUUUUAAAAUACUGGAAGCUGAAGAUCGAAUAGGAGGAAGAGUAUAUUCUACUCAGUUCGGUGGAAGUAUCGUCGAUAUAGGAGGACAGUGGGUUCAUGGAGAGAAAGGAAAUAUUGUCUACGAAAUGGUCAAAGACCUCGAUCUUUUAAGCCCUUCUAUCAAUGACUACGAAGAUAACACAUUCUAUCUUUCAAAUGGUACCCAAAUUGAUAAAGAGCUUGGAGACCGCCUUUAUGAUAUAUACAAUGAGGUACAUGCAAGCGGAAAGACUGCUGAAGAUAUGCAUCAACCCUAUGGGGACUAUUUUAUACAAAGGUUUAACGAUAUAAUUAAUGAGAGAUAUAAAGACGAUAUAAAUAUUUUAAAAUUAGCAAAAUAUUUUGAAGAUUGGUGUCACAAAAUGAGCACGUGCAAUGAGUCUUCCAAAACAUGGUACGACUUGUCAGUUCAAGGAUCCGUAGCUGGUUUUAUACGAAGUGAAGGAGAUCAACAAUUAAAUUGGAGAAAUAAGGGAUACAAGACUAUUUUGGACGUUCUCAUGGAGAAAACUCCAGAUCGCACGAAAACACUUCCAGUUGAGGAUAAAAUUUUGCUUAACAAAGAGGUUAACAAAAUAGUUUGGGAUGGAAAUACUUCGAAUGCGAGUAAACCCACGGUUUAUUGUUCAGAUGGAAGUUCGUAUACAGCGGAUCAUAUAUUAAUCACCACAUCCGUGGGAGUUUUGAAGAAAUUCCACAAAAGUUGGUUUGUACCGGAACUUCCACCCUAUAAAGUUAAUUGUAUAGAGCAUAUUUCGUUGGGUGUUGUAAAUAAAAUUUUAAUCAAAUUCCCUAGUAAAUGGUGGCCAGAUGGCACUAAGGGUUUUAAUUUAUUAUGGGCCGAAAAAGAUAGUUUAAAUCUACUAAACGAACUGCCAGCUUCGGGACCAGUUGAUGAAGAUGGCAGGCCUUGGUUAGAAGACGUGUUUGGAUUUUACAUCAUUGAUAGUCAAGUAAAUACGUUAUUAGGAUGGGUAGUUGGAAAAAUGGCGGCACAAGUAGAAUAUAUGAGUGACAAAGAUGUCAUUGCUGUUUGUAUGUUUGUCUUGCGUAAGUUUUUAGGUAAAAUUUAUGAUAUCUGCGAUCCUGACGAAAUUUUAAGGUCAAAAUGGAGCAGUAAUCCCCAUUUUUGUGGUUCUUAUGUCUAUAAAAGUAUUGACCAAGAAAAGCACAAUGCAACAGCUGAAGAUUUAGCUAGACCAAUAAUUGCCAAAACAUAUAACAAACCUACUUUAUUUUUUGCUGGAGAAGCUACAAGCACAGACCACUUCUCUACAGUUCACGGAGCCAUUGAAACAGGUUUCAGAGAAGGAGAUAGAUUAGCAGGUUUAUUACAAGAGCCAUAAACUGUAUUAAUUAAUUUGUAAAAUAACUUGUACAUAGUACCUAAAUAAAUUGAAAUAUUUAAGUAAAAA